AUGUGGCGAUUGGGACAAUUCGUGGCGGUGGCAGCUAUCGCUGCAUGCCUAGUGCAUCUUUCCUCGGCUGCUGCGACGCCCAGGCUGCGACGCGCGAUUGUGGGCGAUGCCAACGACGAGCGGCCGCUGGGGCGUCGGUGGUUUAUCGACUGGGGCGGAUCGCUCGGUCGCCUGCCCUCGCGCGACGACAUGAUCACGCCCAUCGAUCCAGUCAACCUCGAGGCUCACCGUGCCGCCACCGAGUCGGCGUGGGAAGCGUACCGCCGACGUCUGGCGCGCGAACAGGCCGAAUACUGGAACGUCAUUUUUGGCGGUCACACUCCUCCCUAA